CGCUGCCUUCCAGAUAUAGCAGCGCGGAAUACGCCUGCUGAAUUACGCACCCUGGCUACUCUGAAGAUUUCAGAGUAGUAGAUUCCUCUCUUGGCUAAAGCCCCUCUCUUUUUCUUUAUUGAGGGGGAAGAAAAAGGAAAGAGAAGGGUCAUUUCUGUAUGCAAUUUUAUCCCCAUCGUGUUAGAAACUGAAUUUUGUGGGAUUAAUUCAUAAAUCUUGAGAAAUAUGCCUCGUACUUCAUCGAGGAAAGGUCCCACGAAUUCAUCGGCAUCCAGCAAUUCAUCAACCGUGGAUCUUUUUCGCGCAGCUUCUGGUAGAGCAGCUUCCAAAGAGCUGGAGCGAAUUGAUCAACUUUUCUAUUCUUAUUCUAGUGAUGGCUCUGGUAUGAUUGAUCCAGAAGGAAUUGAGUCCCUCUGCUCAGAUUUGGAAGUUGACCAUACCGAUGUGCGGAUAUUAAUGCUUGCUUGGAAAAUGCAAGCAGAGAAACAAGGAUACUUCACCCUGGAUGAGUGGCGAAGAGGCCUUAAAGCUCUAAGAGCUGAUACAAUACUUAAACUCAAGAAAGCGCUUGUGGAUCUUGAGAAAGAGGUCAGAAGGCCAUCAAACUUUGCGGACUUCUACGCCUAUGCCUUCAGAUAUUGCCUGACUGAGGAGAAGCAGAAAAGCAUAGACAUAGAAAGCAUUUGUCUCUUGCUAGAUCUUGUUCUAGGAUCACAAUUUCGAGCUCAAGUGGAUGCACUUAUUCAGUAUCUGAAGAUACAAAGUGAUUACAAGGUCAUUAACAUGGAUCAAUGGAUGGGAUUCUAUCGGUUCUGCAAUGAGGUCAAGUUUCCGGAUGUUAGCAAUUAUGAUCCGGAUCAAGCCUGGACCUUGAUCCUUGACAAUUUUGUUGACUGGUUAAAAUCAAAGCGAGGCUAAGUUCCGUGCCAUAGUUGAAGCCCGAUCGUUGCCUGCACUGAUGCUCAUACUCAAAGUAACACAUUUAUCGAUUGUCCUUGCUCCUAAACGCUGUGCGGUUUGCUGAAAUCUUGAUCGGAUCUACUUGGAGGAUGCCAAAAUAAACAGCAAGUAAAACGGCCCGGCGUAGUUUCUACAUCUGUCUAGACCUUUUUCUGCUAUUUGUUUCAGAUUGAAUUUGCUCUUCUCCCUCUUCUUCUUCAUCUUAACUUAAAAUAAACAAAAAGAAAUAGAUAUGAACGGAGGUGCUCCUAUAUUUCUAGCACUUAUAUUCACUGUCCUUAUUUGUAUGAACAAAUACCCCUUAUUUCAAUAUAUCUUUACCCUAUUUUUGCCAA